GUAAAGGAUAACACCAAACAUGAAACGAUGUUGGGUUUCAUGAACAAGAUUGCGGACAAUCAGAUGGAUGCAGAUCGUGGGAGCGCGCAUCGAGGACUCUAACCAUCGUAUCGGCAAGGAGUUGGCUGGGUUCCGAACGAUGAUGGAGAAGGUGCUGGAGAAUAUGGUGGAGCAGCGGACCCAGGAGCCCCGACCACAUGAACCGACGGAGCCGACAGAGCCGACGAGGUCGGCGGCCGAGGCGGCGCUGAGCAAGGUCGCGGUGGUGCAGGGCAGCGGGGCGGGACGUGCAGUGGUGGCUAGAAAAUCUAGUCGCACGGGCCAAGGAAACGUUGGCCCACUCCUGGAGCGGGUCUGCCGCUCAGGCCCACGGCCCAGGAAAUUGCGACGGCUCGGGGUAAAGGGAAGGCGGUCGGGUAAGAGGGUGUCAAGAGCGAGUUCGGGCCGGAACCCUGGGGGUUCGGAUGGGACGUUCAUGGGCCGGGCGGAUGGAUGGGCUAUCUUGGCCCCAUCGCGACCGGACAGAGGAGGAGCUUAGCCUAGCGGGUUACGGCGGGAACUGGGCCAAUCCAAGGCCACCCGGAGCUGGGUUGGACUGGGUCAUGAGCCCGAACUCGGACGGGCUGCUGGGUCGAGCGCCAACCGGGCCGACCAAACUGGUCCAACCAGAGUCGAACUGGUUCUUUUCAAAUUGAGCCGGCCCGGACUCCAGCGGGCAGCAGCAGUGGAGGGCGACAAGGGGAUUGGGCGUACCUGGGAGGCAGGGCAGGGGUCGGAAGUCAAAACUGGGGAGCAUGGAGAGCACAUGGGAGGACGCGAUGGCUGGUCGUUUCCACAGUCUCACUGGGGCGGCACAGGACAUGACCCUA